AGACACUUCACGCUCUUUACUUUUUGACAUACACUCUAAAAGUCAUCCGGCAAGAUCAUGCGACUAAAAAUCUCUUUUGUAUUCAUCGCUCUGUGCACAUUGAAAGCCAGUCAACUUGCACUAUCCAUGGAGGAGGUUGUUGGACUGGGCAAAGAUGUGGUACCCCAGAUGAUCAGACACGAUUCUCCCCUCGGUGCCAAGAUGAAUGCGCCAAUGUCAGGAUGUAGCGGGCUGGACCAGUCCAGCCAAACUGCACUAACAAGCAGCCAUCCGGAAUUGGCUUCUGCCAACCAAGGCAAGUCUCCCUGCUCUCAAAUCAAAGAACUGAGGAACUCAAUAGAAAUACAUGGUCACAGACAUUUGGAAGAUGUCACUCAAAAUCUGGAACAGCUGCACAAUUAUCUGACACCGGUUGGAGAGACAAAACCACCUCCCGCAUUCCAGGAGCCCCAAAAUCUAGUUGAACCUUUAUUUGAAUAUAAAUAUAAAACUUUGGGUUGGAACCAAAAUUUUUUGAAAGUUCUUCCUGGAAGUAGAGGCACUCGUCAGUUGGCUUCCACAACUACUCCAUUAGAAGGCAUCACUCAAGUGGUUCUGAUUUGGAAAUAUCUUCAAGAGACGUUCAUCAAUCUCAAAUGCCAAGACUUAGUGGAUCCUGAGAUCAAGUUGAAAUUUCUGAAAUCAUUAUUUCUCUUAGGAGAUUACAUCCAUGAAAACAGCUUACUGCCUCAAGCAGAAAUCAAGCAGAUCAAGAUCUUCCAGCCAGAAACUGUGGUCAACUUGUUCAAUUUCCAUUUUAAUCUCUUGAUAAGAAGCAAGGGCAACGAGUUCUUUGGAAGUCCUGAGUGGGUGAACCCUGAGCUGGAGCUCUUGUUAUCAAACCCUUAUCUGAAACAUUUUCACAGAUCUAUUCUAGAUGAAAGCCAGUAUUUCCUCAAGAAAGCAGAGGAGAUAAAAUAUCCUGAAUGGUUUGAUGGAGUCCAGAUCCGAGAUCUUUUAUUUCAUGAUCCGAUUGUCAAUCAUGAGCAUCCCAAAUUGAAACUGGAUAGCUAUCAGUUCUUAACACUGUAUACCAUCUCAAAGUUUGUGGAUAGCCAUUUGCCACAUCUUGUUCCAGAACUAGAUAAAUCUCAGGAAGCUGUUCUCUUAGACAAACAAGGCCAAUACAUCUCUUCUCUCCUCAAGCUGCUUCCGAGUAGAUUUAAAGAUCCAAGGUUGCAAGCAGUCCUAAAACAAAAAGAAGACUUGAUCAAGAUACACGCAUCACAAUUACACAAGCAGAAAAAAACAAAGGAUUGGAUCAAAACAGUCAAGAAAUUGAUUCAUAAAGCUAGCAAUUAG